GUAAUAUUUUGCGUCUGCAAAAUAUUGAAAUUAGCGUAUAAAUACACAAUAGCCUUGGUUAUGGCUUGGUUGAAACUUUUCUUUUGAGAAAAAGCUAUAAUAUGGGCAAAGGAAAAAAAAUUAGGGAAUCUAAUGAAGAAGUUGAAGAAAAGCCUCUGCCAAGGCUUGUUUUGAAAGUAGAUCAGGAGAAAAAAUUAAAAGAUCCAAUGAGAGAGCAUGAUUUAUAUCAAAAAAGCAAGAGAUUUAAAGAAGGAUCCACUCUUUCGGAAAAUGAACACACUCAUCAUAAGAAGAAAAGAAAAAAGCACAAAAGAGCUAGAAAUGAGGAGUCAGAAAGAAAGCAAAAGAAACAAGUAGAUACUGAAAAUGUUGACUUAGAGCCUGUUAUGAAGAAAAUACACAUAAAAUUUACAAAAGAAGAAGAGAAACUUCAAAAAGAAGCAGAAGUAUCUCCAUUAAAUAAUGUUAAAGUAUCUCCAUUGCGUUUGUGUUUGGAAAAUUUGCACAGAAAUUUGCAGAGAAAAGAUAUUUAUGGAAUCUUUACAAAUCCUGUUACCGACUUAAUUGCACCUGGCUAUUCUAAAAUCAUUAGGCAACCAAUGGAUUUUCAAACAAUGGCGCUCAAGAUUGAACGAAACGAAUAUGCUUCUAUUGAAUCAUUUAAGGAUGAUUACAUCAUAAUGUGUAAUAAUGCAAUGAGAUAUAAUGGAUCAGAUACUAUUUAUUACAAAUCAGCAGAAAAGAUGCUGGCUAUUGGAUUAAAGAUGAUGUCAAAAAAAAAGCUGAGAAAACUUCAAAGACUCAUUGGAAAACCAAUAUCUGAUUCAGAGGAUGAACUGAUUCUAGUUGAUGAAUCUUCAGACAUUAAUAUCGAUUCAUACAGCCCUGAAAGAUUGCAAAACAAAAAGAAAGAUUUUGAAAAAAUCAAAAAAGAGCGUGAUUCAAUAAAACAUCAAACCUUUGUCAAUUCUAUUUUGCAUGCAUCAAAAAUGGCAGCCAAAAAAUUGUACAAUAAAUAUCCCAAGCAAAAGUAUGGAUAUCUAAUGAAGGAUAGCCAAGGCAAUACCUCGUUGAAUAUUUUAAAUCCUGAUACAACAGAAGAUAAUAAGACUGCACCAGUUACAUUGGGGAAGAUAACAGGAAAGCUAACAACUGGAAUAACUUUGGAUCAAACUUUUUUUAAAGAUGAAAAAAAAAGCAGAAACAUACCGGUAACUUAUUUGCUCUAUGGGCCUUACGGUAGCUUUGGUCCUACAUAUGAUUCUUCAUUAUCAAAUAUGAAGAAAGAAGAAAGUGAUCUGCUCAUGCAAGCUUACGGUACAGAGGAGGGAGUGGAGUAUGCAAAAAGUUUGCUGGAAUUUUGUAAAGGAAAUUCAUUUUUAAUGGAGUAUGCAGAUCGUCUACUAAAUACUGUCACAGAUGGAGAGCACACCCGAUUAAUAAAACAGACUGAGCCUAAUUCAUUACUUGGUACUGUGGAAACUAAAGAUGAAGCAAAAAAAUUAGACAUGGAUUCUUUGCUGUCAUUAAAUGGACUUGGUAUUGAUGUAUCAUUUCUCAACAAAAUUACUUCUGAGAAAAGUAAUUCAGUAGAAAAAAGUAUUUUGGCGAAAAAUUCUUUACAAAAAAGUGAUCAAAAGAGUAAUAUGGCACCUCAACAGUUGCUCAGCAACAAUGUUGAGCUUCUUCAAAAUUUAAAUAAAGCUCAAAAUGAAAGAUUUUCAGCAAGAACUCUUCAAAAUGUGGAUGAUAAUGAACAAAGUAUUGCGAACUCAUUGGUUGACAAUUUGAAAGAUUUAGUUGGAAGAGUUGCGCCAAAAGAUGUAGUAGCUUCUCAAGGCAUACAUAAAGCUAUUGGCAACACUGCAUACCCUUUAACUAGUGAAAUGGACAACGAAGCUGCCUCUGCAAUAAGUGCAAUUGAAGAUUUAACAUAAACCUUUUAUUAUGUGAAAUAUAUUUUUAAAUCUCAA